AUGGCUCAAGUACGUUUCAAAGUCAAUGUCUCGGACAAGCUCGAUUAUACACCUCUCGAUACAAUCGAAGACAACAUCAGCGUGGUGCGUGGCAACUUUACAACAGGCAAACCACGCGAUAUGUACUGGCGAAAGUUUCAGUUGAAUCGAUUGUAUUCCAUGGUCAAGGAUCAUGAAGAGGCCUUUUAUGAAGCUCUUGCCAAAGACAUGGGCAAAUCUCGGCAUGAAGCUUUGAUGGGUGAUAUCAGCCCUCUUCUCGAAGAAUGUCUUUACUUUUUAGAUAACAUUGAAGAUCUUGCCAAAGACCAAAAGGUCAAACCACGAUCAGCCAUCAACCGCCAUGACACUUGCAUUGUCCGUAAAGACCCUCUUGGUGUCGUUCUUAUCAUCGGUUGCUGGAACUACCCCUUGCAGCUGUCGCUUGUACCUCUUGCUGGUGCCAUUGCUGCUGGUAAUGCUGCCAUUAUCAAGCUUUCCGAGAUCGCUGUGCAUACUUCAGCUGUGAUCAGUGAGCUAUUCCCAAAGUACAUGGAUAGUAGCUGCUAUCGCUUGGUCAAUGGUGGUGUUGAAGAGACCACUGCUUUAUUGCAACAUCGCUUUGAUCACAUCUUUUAUACGGGUGGUGGUCAAGUUGGCAGAAUCAUCAUGACAGCAGCAGCCAAGCACCUUACUCCUGUGACGCUUGAAUUGGGCGGCAAAUGCCCUGCUGUUAUUACUGCCGAUGCUGAUAUGAAAACGGUUGCUCAACGUAUUGCUUUUGGCAAAUUCUUCAAUACAGGCCAAAGCUGUAUUGCCGUUGAUUACGUGCUUGUGCCCCGUACCCAUGUGGAUGCCUUUGUUCAAGCAAUGCAAAAGGUCGUCGCCAACUGGUUUGGUCAAAACCCCAAGGGAUCCAAGGACUAUGGCCGUAUUAUCAACACACGUCAUUUUGAUCGCAUUGCUGGAUUGUUGGAACGCCGUGGUUCUGGCACCGUGGUCAUUGGUGGCGAUAUGGAUCGCGAAGAACGCUACAUUGCCCCCACCGUGGUGAAGGAUGUAAGCUUCCAAGAUGCUGGUUUGAUGACUGAGGAAAUCUUUGGUCCUAUUCUUCCUAUCGUUGCCUACAAUGAAAUCCAAGACGCUGUUGCCAUGAUCAACCGACAUGAUGCUCCCUUGGUGGUUUAUGCCUUCGCAAACAAAAAGAAGGAUCAACGUCAAAUCGUUGAUAAUAUCCCAUCGGGUGGUGUUCUUGUCAAUGAUACCAUGGUUCACUUUUCUGAAUUUGCAUUGCCAUUUGGUGGUGUUGGUCCAUCGGGUAUGGGCAAGUAUCAUGGCGCACGUUCGUUCCAAACCUUUACCCAUGAACGAUCCAUGAUGGUCAAGAAUCAACGCUUUGAGUUCCUCAUGCGUUCUCGUUACCCACCUUACACACCUACCACUUACAAGAUGCUGCGUUUCGCUCUUCUUACCUCGUCACUCAAGAUCAAGCGUAUCAUGUAUAAGCGUGAGCUGAAGGCUGCCUUGUACAUUGUCCUCCUCUACUUGUUCUUUUACCUAAAGAAGCGCUUCUAUUAA